CCGCGGCGAGGGAUCGGCACGGGAAGCGGAGCCGGGGCAGAUGACAGCCUGGCCGGCGGAGUCCCCCCCCGCCUGCGUCUCCCCGGCGGGGCCAGCCCGCGCUCGCACCUGACCAUGACCCCGCGCCGGUCCCGGCUGGGCCGCCCCGGCGUUUGCCGCUGAAGGGACCGGCUCCUCUCCGACCUCCCCCGCUGCCUUCCUCCUCCGCCUCCUGGCUGCCGAGGCUGCCGCCUCUUCCCGGAGUGAUGGGCUGCAUCGGAUCCCGCACCGUGGGAAAUGAGGUGAUUGCAGUAGACUGGAAAGGACUGAAAGAUGUGGACCAAAUCAAUAUGGACAGCACCAGUUCACUGCAUGGCAGCAGCUUCCACCGUCCUUCCACUGAGCAAACACGGACAGAUUUCUCCUGGGAUGGUAUCAAUCUCUCCAUGGAAGAUACGACCUCCAUCCUCCCCAAGCUGAAACGCAACUCCAAUGCUUAUGGGAUUGGGGCUUUGGCUAAAUCAUCUUUCUCUGGGAUAUCCCGCAGCAUGAAGGACCAUGUCACAAAGCCAACGGCUAUGGGCCAAGGCCGUGUGGCUCACAUGAUUGAAUGGCAAGGCUGGGGUAAAGGUAACAGCCAGCAGCAGCAGCACACGCAUGAGACAGCACGCAAAGAUGCUGAUGCCUACUCAGACCUGAGUGACGGUGAAAAGGAGGCCCGAUUCCUUGCAGGAGUGAUGGAGCAAUUUGCUAUAUCAGAGGCGACUCUCAUGGCCUGGUCCUCUAUGGAUGGUGAGGAUGUGAGUGUAAACUCAAAUCAGGAGAAUCCAGCAGGCAACUACUCUGAGAACUAUCAGGAGCUAAUGGAGAGCCAAGAGCAUAUGGCCCAGACACAGUAUGAUAGCUGGCCUCAUUCGUAUGUCUCCCAGGGCAUGUAUUGCUUAGGUUCAUCUGAUGCCUGGGAGACCAGUGACCAGUCCCUCAUCGCUUCCCCAGCAACUGGCUCCUACCUAGGACAGAAUUUUGAUGAGUCCCAGACAAACCUUCAGGAAAGUAUUAUGAUUCAGAGCAGUCUUCUCCAGCAGCAACAGCUGCAGCCACAGCAGCAGGAGCAAAACUUCAUCCAGAGCACAGGGCUGGUCCAUGUGUGGCCCCUGCAGACUGCUCAGGGUGGGGAUGGGGCUGAGUCCAGCACCUACAUGGAGGACCAUGUUGAGGACGAAGGGCACCCACAGCUGGAGAAGGCUCCUCUCCUAAACAAGAAGCCCUCUCCAGAGGAGGAUGAUGUAGUAUGCCGGGACCUGGAAUCUCUGUCUCCUCGAGAGGAGCUGGAACAUGCUGCACUGAGCCGCAAAGUCUCAGAUGUCACCUCCUCUGGGGUUCAAUCCUUUGAUGAGGAAGAGGGAGAAACAAACAACUGAUGCUUUCUGUGAAAUUUUCAUCAAUGCUGAACAAAGAGAUGGGUGGCAGGGAAUGAAAUGACAGGAAUUCUUCUCUCCAGCUCCCUGUACUUCCAAGCAGACACACCUUUCAUUCCUACAUUUAAUUAUUUUUUUAAACAAGAGGAAAAUCUCAGAGUGAUUGACACAUGAAGACCUUUCCCUCUGGUGUGGACAUAUAUUUUCUAUUUUCAUUGCUCUGGGCAAUGCACGUGAGGUGCUUGGAGAGAUCUGGAUUGGUAAAUCAUGUUUAAAUAUUAUAAAUACAAAGUCUUGGCUCUGGAUACAAACUUCUGGUACUGGGGAUGUGGCUGAUACGACAGGCUUGAUAUAGGGAGUGGCUAUGUGGCUAAAAUCCAUCCUGGCAAAAUGGAUGUUGCUUUGUGGACUUGAUGCCCUUUGGUAGAAUAUAUGAAUAUAGACUGUUUUAAAUGAAGAUAUGGCUUUACAAAUAUAGAUUGCACUAGUAUAGUGAUUAUGGCUGAUGCAGAGAAUAAGGCUGUAUUCAGUAUAGACUGUACUGAGAUGAAGGAUUUGCUGUGUAACCAGAUCCUCAGUAGCACCUUGAUAUGAAAUCGUUGGCUCAAUGGAUACA